AUGGACUCCAUCACCGCCACUCUGCAAGACGCCCGCCAGAAGGUCGACGAGGCGAUCGCCGCCCUCCAGGCGCCGCAAGUCGCCGCCGUGCUCGACAAUGCCCUGCACAACCCGGAGCAGCUGCCGGACCCGGCGCUGAUGCAGCUCAGCGGCGACGUGGUCGACCGGCUGGAACAGUUGCAGAUGCUGCUGAUUCCGUCGGUCUCGCUUCUGGCCGAUGGUUUCUUUGGCUAUCUCCUCACCAAAGCGCUGUGGACGGCGAUCGACGCCCGGGUCGCCGAUCACCUCCAGCAGGGCCCGAUGACGGCAGCCGCCCUGGGGGAGAAAUGCGGCGUGCAGCCGGUGCGUCUGGCGCAGGUGCUGGACACGCUGGUCAACUUCGGCAUCUUCAGCUUCGAGGCCGCGACGGGCGUCUACGCCAACAACCGGGCGUCGGCGCUCGUCACGCACGACCACUGGACGCAGUGGCACCGCUGGAGCGAUCUGUACGGCACCGACAUCUUCGACGUCAGCCGCGCGAUGCCCGCCGCCGUGCGCGCCGGCGAGACACGCUCCGCCGUGCAGAUCGCCUACAACACCGACCUCAGCAUGUUCGAGUACCUGGCGGCCCAGGGGCGCAUCGCCAAGUUCCACGCCACCCUGGGCGCCGGCGCGGUCGCCCAGGCCCCGGGCCUGGCGGUCGACUACCCCUGGGCGGAGGUGGCGCACACCACCGUGGUGGACAUUGGCGCCGGGUCGGGCGAGUUCCUGGCGGGCCUGAUGCGCGCCCAGCCGGCGAUGCGCGGCGUCUACUUUGACCUGCCGCACGCCGUGGAGAUGGUGCAGCCGCACUUCUUCGGCGAGGGGGCCAAGUUCGCUGAUCUUGCGGGCCGCAUGGAUGGCGUCGUGGCCGGCUCCUUUCUCGACUCCGUGCCCGCCUCGUCGGUGUACACGAUGAAAUGGUGUCUGCACGACUGGCUGGACGACGAGGUCGUGCGCAUCCUGCAGACGGUGCGCGCCAGCAUCGUCGUCGCCCCGGGCAGUCGUCUCGUCGUGCUUGAGGGCGUCAAGAAGCCCGGCCGCAGUGCCCGCAUCCCCAACUACGGCGACCUGGUCAUGAUGAUCACCGCCAACGGCAAGGAGCGCUCGGAGCAGGACUGGGCGGCCCUCGCCGGCCGCGCCGGCUGGACCCUGCAUCGCAUCCAUCCCAUCCGGAGGGCCUGGCUGUGUGCUAUUGACUUGCGGCCGGCUUGA